AUGUUUCAUACGAGCAAUGGCGAUGGCGUCUACACUACGCGCGACGCCGACGGCAUCUUCCGCCAGUUCUUCGGCGAUGGGUUCUCCGGGCAGCAGCGAAAGAUACGAACAAUUGAAAGGAAUCUACCUUUCACUCUGGAGGAGCUUUACUGUGGUACCAAACGGAAGAUGCAAAUCUCUAGGAUAGUUCCUAAUUCUUACGGUAAGCUAAUAACUGUGGAGGAGAUUUUGACAGUAGAUACCAAAGCCGGGUGGAAGAAGGGAACAAAGAUAACUUUCCCUGAGAAAGGUAACCAAGAUCCAGGCACCAUUGCAGGAGAUCUCAUCUUCGUGGUUGAUGAGAAAUCCCACCCAGUUUACACAAGGGAUGGGAAUGAUCUGUUGGUUAACCAAAAGAUAUCACUCUUGGAUGCACUCACAGGAGGGAAGACUCUCAAUCUGACUACUUUGGAUGGGAGGAACCUUUCAAUCCCACUCACAACAAAUAUCAUCAAACCAGGUGAUGAGAUUGUGAUAAAAAAUGAGGGAAUGCCCAUUUCCAAAGUACCUGGGAAGAAAGGUAAUUUGAAAAUAAUAUUCAAUGUCAAAUUCCCAUCCAAGCUCACUGAAGAACAGAAAUCUGAUGUGAGGAGGGCUUUGGAGCUAACUAUGAUUUGA